UCCGUCGGGCUGCGCGGCUCCUCCGUUGUUGGCUUCCUCGGGCGAACGUAAAACUUUAAGAUCAACAGCCGCCAUUUUGUUUGGAGGUUCUCUCGCCCGCCCGCCCGGGAGCCGCGGUCUCGGCCGCCGGGACACACAUCCGCAGCGCGGCAGUCGCCGUUCGUCUGCUGUUCGCCGUCGCCUCCGCUGUGCCUCUCGUGCCCCUCCGUACGCGCGCUUAGACGAGCGAGGGAGGGCUCUUCGUUGGUCGCUCUUUGUGUUUUGUUGAGGGGGUUGGCGUCGCUGCCGUGUGUGGCCGUGGCCGCUUCGACCGUCGCCGCCGCGCGCCGUUCGCUGCCUCGCUUCCAUUGCAGCCCGGUUGGAGCCGUCACCAUUUUUGGAUUUUUUUUCUCUCUCUCCCUUCUCGCUCGCUUUAUUUUUAUUUUUCGUUUUUGGGAAAGAAAGCUUAAGAAUUAUUUAUUGACGUUUUUUUUAUUAUUUUAAACGAGCUUCGCGGAUUCGAUAACGGGUGGAGGGAGGUUGGGGGUUUUUUUCAGUUUUUUUCUGGAUUUCAGCGACGAGGUGAUUACACGGCAAGGCGGGGGGGAGGAGAUAAAUAAAUAUAAAAUAAUUAAUCAACAGCCCCUAUAUUUUAUUUUUUCACCGUAAAUCUCAAGUAUAACCGUCGAGUCGUCCAGCGGAAGCAAAAAAAAAAAUCAAAAUUCUAUCUCGACUCGGGGGGGCCCCCCCUUUACGCGUCCUUCAUCUGCGGGCAAAGUAGUGUUUUCGUCGGCAGGGGCGCUAGGUAAGACGUAAGGCUUCGGCCUAAGCUUGGGCGUCCCCCGCGGGGCCCGUCUGUCUCUCCCGGCCCGGCCUUCCCUCCCUCAUCCCUCGGGAGGGUUUGACGAUGCCCUGAUCGGCCAGGACACGGGACGGCGAGCCGCCUUCACGGCUCUCUUCGCCGUCGUCGUCGCCGCCUUCGGCUGGUCGGCGGUGGGGAAGGAAGGCCGAGAAAGGGGGGGGGGGGAGGAGGAGGAACCCCGGCUGCUCGCGAGAGGCAGAAGCGAUUGGUUCUAUUGGGACGACGACGACGAGGAGAAAAAGGAGAAGGAGGAGGAGAAACAAAGUCGACGACGAGGUUGUGGGGCUAGGGUGGGUGGGGUGGGUGUGGGGGGGACGGGCGUGCGGCCACGACGAGGUGGACCGCACCGGCCAUGGCUGCGUCGCGUACGGACUGCCCGAGGGGGCCACUGAUUUAAGGAAGAAGAAGACGACGACGACGACGGUCUUUAUUGAGUUGGAACAACCGAGACAGACGACACCACUCACUAUACGAGUGAUUUGAGAGGAGAGGGGGAAUACGAGGAAGAGAGAGAGAGAGCGAUAGGGGAGCAGGACGGUAGGGGGAGGAAGGUGGAGGAGGAAGACGCUCGCGCUCGAAGGCAAAGAAAUAAGACGAGGAUUUAAAGGGAAAUCUCCAGCAGCAGCAACAAGUCUCGACUGAAGGGGCUCGUGUGCGACGGCGUUUUCCGAAUGAUCUCUGGCCACGGGGAGGCUGCUGCUGCUGCAAAAUGGCCGAGAACCUGAUGGACGGACCUCCCGCCGCCAAGCGGCCCAAGAUCUCCUCGCCGACUCUCUCCGCCAGCGACGGCGCAGACACUGCCUUCGGCUCGGUGCUGUUCGAGCUGGAAAGCGAGUUGCCAGAUGAACUCAUACCGUCGAGCGACCCCCUGUCCCGGCUGCCCAACGGCGGGGAGCCGGGAACCAUGGGUGGCGGGGGCGCCACGUCCAUGAUGCACGACGCCGCCGCCAAGCACAAGCAGCUGUCCGAGCUGCUACGAGCUGGCAGCACCUCCAACCUGGGCCCUGGCGGUGGUGCCGGUGCAGCCUCUGGAACCGCCGGCUCAGCUCAGAGCCAGGCUGCCGGGCAGUCUUCGGCAUCCGUCGGCGCUGGGCAACAGCAGCAGCAGCAACAACAGCAGCAGCAGCACAGUCCUAACGUGUCCACGGUGCUGGGCAAUGCCGUGAAAAGCCCUGCGGCGCAGGGUGGCCUCACCUCACCUCCCGGCAUGCUGGCUGGGGUAGGUGGGCAGGGAGGACCUGGCGGCCACGGGGGGCCCGAGCAGCAGCAAGGCCACCCUGGCUCUGUGGGCAUGCAAGGUGGAAUGCUGAAUCCGGCGGUGAAGAAUGCCAUGAACUCUGGCAUGGGGCAGGGCCACCAAACACUCCUGAACAGCAAUGCGCAAACGAUGAUGCAGCAACAGCAGCAGCAGCAAGGCGGACAACAGGGACAAAUGUUGAAUGGGCCCCUUUCGGCCAACAGCCUGGGGGGCAUGGCUGGAGGAGCAGGAGGCCCCGCGCCUCCCCGUGCCGCCAUGCAGUUCCAGGGCACGGUGGGAGCCAACAGCCUCCUGGCCGAGACCCUGGCCCAGGCGACGCCGGGGAAUCACCCGGGCCUGGCGCAGUCUCAGGCCGGUGCCAUGAACAAGAUGACACCAUCCAUGGGAGGUGGCGCCUACGGCCAGCAGUACAACCAGGCCACCAACCAGCAACUGAGCGCUGCGGCCAUGGGCAGCACGAUGCAGAACAAGGGCGGCAUGAUGAACAGCAUGCCGGGCUUCCCCAGCGACCUCAAGAACACCUCCAUCACCAGCAUGGCCAACAUGCCACAGCAGGCGGGUGGACUGGCUCAACCUCCCGCGCAGGGCCUGGCCUCCACGCCGGCGGCCGACCCCGAGAAGCGCAAGUUGAUCCAGCAGCAGCUGGUGCUCCUGCUGCACGCGCACAAGUGCCAGCGACGCGAGCAGGGCAAUGGCGAGGUGCGGCCCUGCAACCUCCCGCACUGCCGCACCAUGAAGAACGUGCUCAACCACAUGACGCACUGUCAAGCCGGCAAGUCCUGCCAAGUGGCUCACUGCGCAUCAUCGAGGCAGAUCAUCUCCCACUGGAAGAACUGCACACGACCCGACUGUCCUGUGUGCCUCCCGCUCAAGAAUGCUGGAGACAAGCGCAACCAGCAGUCCCUGCUCGGCGCCCCGUCGCUGGGUGUGAGCAGCUCGGUGAGCACGGGUGUUAUGGGUCAGCCCAGCACGCCCGGUCUCUCGACGUCAAACCCCAUCGACCCAAGCUCCAUGCAGCGCGCCUACGCCGCACUGGGCAUCCCGUACCAGAGCAGUCCGCCCCAUGUGGCCCAGCAGCAGAGCGCCAAUCGAGCCAUGAACAGCAUCAAUGCCAACCAGAUGGGUGGUAUGGGCGCUGGCGGAAUGGGCAUGUCCAACUCUAAUCAGUCGGGUAGCAUGAUGCAGGACCCUGGCAUGCUGCCGCCCAUCGGAUCCCAGAGCCCAAUGGGUGGGGAUAACGGACAGGCCGGAGGGCUUACGGCAAGUGCGGCCACGGCUGCCCCCAGCACAGGCGUGCGCAAGGCCUGGCACGAGCACGUCACUCAGGACCUGCGAAAUCACCUGGUGCACAAGCUUGUCCAAGCCAUAUUCCCCACGCCGGACCCAGCUGCACUGAAAGACCGGCGGAUGGGCAACCUGGUGGCCUACGCACGCAAGGUUGAAGGGGACAUGUACGAGUCUGCCAACAGCCGGGAGGAGUACUACCAUCUGUUGGCGGAGAAGAUCUACAAGAUCCAGAAGGAGUUGGAGGAGAAGCGGCGGUCACGCAUGCAGAAGCAGAUGAUGCAGAACCCUGCUAGCAUGCCGACCAUGAAUAUGUCGCCGGGACAGGCCAUCCGACCGCCCAAUGGGCCAAUGUCCGACACCGGUAUAAUGCACACAACUGCUCCAAGCGCUCCAGGGGUGCCUUCUCAGCUGCAUGGCCGCAUGCCAGCUCCACCAGCAGGACCUGGGCUCGGAGCUUGGCGGGGUCCGGCGUGGCACGGUGUGGCGGCGGGUUCUGAGUUUGCCGGCGCUGUUGGUGCUCGUGUUCCCGCAGGACCCGGGGGCCAGUUUGGGCAGAUGCCCCCGAUGGCAGUGCCACCAGCCGUCCUCAACCAGCGCUCGACGCCACCACUCAACCACCCAAAUCAGUUGAACCAAAUUAACCAAAUGAAUGCAAUCAACCAGAUGGGGAAUACGCGCAUGCCGCCGGCGCAAAGCAUGAUGCACAUGGGCAACAUUGGAGCGCAAUCGCAGCAGCAGCCGCCGACACCGCAGCAGCAGCAACAGCAGCAACAACAGCAGCAACAGCAGCAACAGCAGCAACAACAACAGCAGCAGCAGCAACAGCAGCAGCAGCAGCAACAGCAGCAGCAGCAGCAGCAACAGCAGCAACAGCAGCAGCAGCAGCAACAGCAGCAGCAGCAACAGCAGCAGUUCCACUCUCAACAAGCGGGGCCUUUCCCUCCUGUGACAGCAGGCAAACCCACAAGCAGCGGGGCCCCCUCGCAAACCCCUCCGCAGCCUGCUACCACACAGGCGGCACCCAUGCCAAGCACAGUCAUGCAAAACAGUGGAAAGGGGAACGCAGGGCUUCCUCCAGUGACACAGGUGGCCGGGAUGGCUCCAUCAGCCGGGUCUCCUCUGCCACCUACCCAUCAGUCCAGCCAGCCGCCCACGGGCCAAUCUGGCAUGCACGGGAAGCAGUCGCCCCAGCAGCAGAUGCCGCAGCAGCAGCAGCAACAGCAGCCUCAACCACCGCCUCAACCGCUUGCUCAGGUUCAGCGUUCUCCACAGAGCCAGGCGAUUCCUAUGGCGCAGACGACGCUGCCUCCGGCCCAGGGACCCACGUCUGUGGGGCCAUCCCCAACCGCAGGGCCCCAGCACCUGCAGCAACCACCGCGCCCGCAGUCCCAGCCACAGCCACAGCCCGGGACGCCGGGCCAGCCACAGCCCAAGACUCCGAUGUCACAGUCGUGCGUGGGCGCCGCCGACGUGAAGGUGGCCACCCCGGCAUCGGCGGGCAGCGCGUCGGACGGAGGCUCGCAGCCCGUGCCCACGGACGUCCCCACAGCCGCCACCGCCGCCACCACCGACAUCAAGAUGGAGAUAAAGAUGGAGGAGGGCGCCAGCGAGGGUGCCGCCCAGCCCGACGAGAAGCCCGACGUUAAGCCGAUUCGGGAGGAGGUGGACGGCGAGGUGGAAAAGAUGGAGCCGAGCGAGGUGGACGAGAAGCCCGAUAUCAAGAUGGAGGUGAAGGAGGAGAGCUCCGAGUCGAGCAACUCAUCGACCGGGCCACAGCCCUCGCCCGCCACACCCCAGCCACGACCCAAGAAAGUGUUUAAGCCCGAGGAGCUACGGCAGGCUCUGAUGCCCACACUGGAAGCCCUGUACCGGCAGGACCCCGAGUCCCUGCCCUUCCGUCAGCCCGUGGACCCACAGGCACUGGGGAUUCCCGACUACUUUGACAUCGUCAAGACCCCAAUGGACCUGUCGACAAUAAAGCGGAAACUGGACACGGGGCAGUACCAGGAGCCAUGGCAGUACGUGGACGACGUGUGGCUCAUGUUCAACAACGCUUGGCUCUACAACCGCAAGACGUCGCGUGUCUACAAGUACUGCUCCAAGCUGGCCGAGGUGUUCGAACAGGAGAUCGACCCCGUCAUGCAAAGCUUGGGCUAUUGCUGUGGACGCAAGUAUGAGUUCUCCCCGCAAACGCUGUGCUGCUACGGCAAGCAGCUGUGCACGAUCCCCCGCGACGCCUCCUACUUCAGCUACCAAAACAGUUCACCCAAAUAUGGCCUUAUUGCUGACAGGUAUCACUACUGUGAAAAGUGCUUCAAUGAGAUCCAAGGGGAUACCGUAUCCCUUGGGGAUGAUCCCUCUCAGCCGCAAACGACCAUUAACAAGGACCAGUUUGAGAAGAAGAAAAAUGACACUCUUGAUCCUGAGCCGUUUGUCGAGUGUAAGGAGUGUGGACGAAAGCUGCACCAAAUCUGUGCGCUCCACAAUGAGACCAUUUGGCCAGCCGGCUUUGUUUGUGACACUUGUUUAAAGAAAACGGGAAGAACGAGGAAAGAAAACAAGUUUUGUUCUAAAAGCCUGAAUGCGGGGUUGCCGACAUCCAAACUGGGCACUCACCUUGAGAAUCGCGUCAACAACUUCCUGCGACGGCAGAACUGCCCGGAGGCGGGCGAGGUGACCGUGCGCGUGGUGCAUGUCUCCGACAAAACGGUGGAGGUGAAACCUGGGAUGAAAGCCAGAUUUGUGGACAACGGGGAGAUGGCAGACUCGUUCCCCUACCGAGCUAAAGCACUUUUUGCCUUCGAGGAGAUUGACGGCGUCGACGUUUGUUUCUUUGGGAUGCACGUCCAGGAGUACGGCUCCGACUGUCCACCACCCAAUCAGAGGCGGGUGUACAUAUCGUACCUGGACAGUGUGCACUUCUUCCGACCGCGACACCUACGCACAGCUGUCUACCACGAGAUCCUCAUUGGCUACCUGGAGUACGUCAAGAAAAUUGGCUAUACCCAGGGUCAUAUCUGGGCGUGCCCACCCAGUGAGGGCGACGACUACAUCUUCCACUGCCACCCGCCAGACCAGAGGAUACCCAAGCCUAAGCGCCUGCAAGAAUGGUACAAGAAGAUGCUGGACAAGGCAGUGGCUGAGAGAAUCGUCCAUGACUACAAGGACAUCCUGAAGCAGGCCACAGAUGACCGGCUGACGAGCGCCAAGGAGCUGCCCUACUUUGAGGGAGACUUCUGGCCCAACGUGCUGGAGGAGAGCAUCAAGGAGCUGGAGCAAGAGGAGGAGGAGCGCAAGCGGGAGGAGACGAGUGCAUCGUGCGAGAGCACCGAGGGGAAAAAGGGAGAUAGCAAAAACGCCAAGAAGAAGAACAACAAGAAGACAAGCAAGAGCAAGAGUAGCAGCAGCCGCACCAGCAAGAAAAAGCCGGGCAUGCCCAGCGUGUCCAACGACCUCUCUCAAAAGCUGUACGCCACCAUGGAGAAACACAAGGAGGUGUUCUUCGUCAUCCGGCUACAUCCCCCGGCGGCGGCAAACUCUGUGCCGCCAAUCCAGGACCCAGAUCCGCUGGUGACGUGCGACCUCAUGGACGGGCGCGACGCCUUCCUGACGAUGGCGCGAGACAAGCACUACGAGUUCUCGUCGCUCCGCCGCGCCAAGUGGUCCACCAUGUGCAUGCUGGUGGAGUUGCACAACCAGGGGCAGGACCGCUUCGUGUACACCUGCAACGAGUGCAAGCACCACGUGGAGACGCGCUACCACUGCACCGUGUGCGAGGACUACGACCUGUGCGUGGCCUGCUACAAGACCAAAGGCCACGAGCACAAGAUGGAGAAGUGGGGCCUGGGCCUGGACGACGACAGCAACAACCAGCCCAUGCAGAACCCGCAGGAGUCGCGCCGCCUCAGCAUCCAGCGCUGCAUCCAGUCGCUGGUGCACGCGUGCCAGUGCCUCAACGCCAACUGCUCGCUGCCGUCCUGCCUCAAGAUGAAGCGCGUCGUGCAGCACACGCGCGUCUGCAAGCGCAAGACCAACGGCGGCUGCCCCAUCUGCAAGCAGCUGAUCGCGCUGUGCUGCUUUCACGCCAAGCACUGUCAGGAGAACAAGUGUCCCGUGCCCUUCUGCCUCAACAUCAAGCACAAGCUGCGGCAGCAGCAGCUGCAGCACCGCCUGCAACAGGCGCAGAUGCUGCGGCGGCGCAUGGCCGCGAUGACCCAGGUGACGCAGCAGCAGCCGCCUCCGCCGCCGAGAGUCACGCCGCCGCACGCGGGCCUGCCCUCGCCGACGGGCAACAGCGGGAGCUCGGUGCCGACCACGCCGACGGGGCCGCAGGCCGUGCCGCAGACGCCCCCAGGCCCCGCCGUCGGGCAAUCGCCGCAAUCCGCCCUCGUGCCGCAGGGCCUUUCGCAGCCGCCAAACAACGUGACGCUGGCCAACAACGGCAUGGCACGCCAAGCGGGAGCCCCCGGGAUGUCGGGCGGAAAGCCGACGGGGCAGCCAGGGCCAGGACAGGCACCGCCAGCUGCCGCCGUGGAGAUGGCGCGGCAGAUCGAGAUGGCGGCGCAUAACCAGCGGCACAUAGCCUCGCAACAACAGCAGCAGCAGCAGCCGCAGCAGCCCCAACCGCAGCAGUCGCCGUCCAUGUUCUCGCGGCCAUCCAACAUCAACGGCAGCAUGGGAAUGGGCAACUCGCCGAUGAUGAUGGCUGGCCAGCAGAUGACGUCGAUGAACCAUUUGGGUUUAAAUAUGACGGCUCCGCGCGGGCCGCAGCAGCUGCCGCAGGGCAUAGGGGCCAUGGGCAUGCAUCAUUGGCAGCAGCCCGGCAUGCCGACCCAGCAGAUGCAGCCGGGCAUGCAGCGGGCGACGGGCUUGCAGAUGGGCAUGUCGCAGCAGCAGAUGAACAUGGUGGCGGCGCAGGGUGGUAGCGUAGGCCCCAGUAUGCAGGUCCCCACGCAGGGUGUGCAGCGGGGCCAGAUACCGCCGUCAGCGCUGCAGGACCUGCUGCGCACGUUGCGUUCGCCCAGCUCCCCGCAGCAGCAGCAGCAGGUGCUCAACAUCCUCAAGAGCAACCCGCAGCUGAUGGCGGCCUUCAUCAAGCAACGAGCGUCCCGCUACCAGGCCGGCCAGCCUGUCAUGCAGCCGGGCAUGCCGCCACAGCAAGGCAUGCAGCAGGGCAUGCAGCAGGGCAUGCAGCAGGGCAUGCAGCAGGGCUUGCAGCAGGGCAUGCAGCAGGGCAUGCAGCAGGGCAUGCAGCAGGGCUUGCAGCAGGGGUUGCAGCAGGGUUUGCAGCAGGGUUUGCAACAGGGCAUGCAGCCGGGGAUGCAGCCGGGAAUGCAGCCGGGCAUGCAGCAGGGCAUGCAGCAGGGUAUGCAGCAGGGCAUGCAGCAGGCGAUGCAGCCGGGAAUGCAGCAGGCGAUGCAGCAGGGGAUGCAGCCUCAGCCAGGGAUGCAGCAGGGGAUGCAAAACGCAAUGGCGAUGCGUCCUGGCGGCCCUCAGCCCGGCAUGGGUAUGAACCCGCAGGCGCAAAGCAUGGGCAUGAGCCCUGGCGUUAGCAUGGGGCCGGGCGUGGUGGGGCAGCAGCAAUCGUAUCAGCUUAUGCGGAGAGCACAGUACCAGCAGCAGGCCAUGGGCGCUCAUGGGCAGUUCCAGGCACCGCAGCCCACGAGCUACCAGCAAACCAUGCAGCAGGCAACGCCGCAGCAACAGCAGCAGCAGCAGCGCAUGCAGCAGCAUCUGGGCAUGCAGGCGACACAGAUGGGGCAGCAGGGAAUGAUGAGCGGGAUGACGCAGGGUGGCAUGGGCCCUGAGGGUGGCCCCACGGCCAUCACCCAGGCGCAGCAGCGACUGAUGCUACAGGUUCAGAUGAAGCAGCAGCAGUUGGUGGCGGCGGCCGCAGCAGCGAGUGGCGGCGGCCAGUCGACGCCCAUGAGCCCACAGCAGCAGCACAUGCUGGCGGGGCAGCAAGCGGCGCAUAUGGCCGGCCAGCAGAUCCCAACGUCACUGAGCAACCAAGUGCGCUCGCCGCAGCCUGUGCCGUCGCCGCGGCCCCAGUCACAGCCUCCGCACUCGAGCCCUUCGCCGCGGAUACAGCCGUCGCCACACCACGUCUCUCCGCAGACGAGUUCCCCGCACCCAGGCAUGGCAGGCGGCCCGCCGCAGCCGUCGGGAAUGGAGCAGCAGGGACACUUCUCGGCGCCGGAUCAGAGCGCCAUGCUGCCACAGCUGCCAGGGCCUGGCAUGGGACAACACCACCUGGGGCCGGGGGACAUGGGCCUCGGGGCCGAUGGGUCGGACAUGGGGGGCAAUGGUCCGACAGCGCCUGACGAGCUGGAAAAGUUUGUGGAGACGUUGUAGUGUUGCGUGUGGAGAUGGACACACACCCUUCGGACUUGACUUAAAUUUUUUUUUUCUUUUGUUUUUGUACAGUUAAACAUGGGAAUAUUUACGUAGGAAACUUUAGUAAUGAGGAUGUAAUUCUUGUGGGAAGCUAAUGCUAAUAUAUUCCAUGCUGGCCGGAAUGAGCCGGUCGCAGUGGAUCGUUUUGUUUUGCUAAGGACACUGAUUUUUCAACAACGAACUUUUAAUAUGCAUAUUUUAUAUUUUUUCCUCCGUCUUUCUUGCAUUCAUGUUGUAUCGUGUCCAAAUUCAUUUGUGGCAAAUGCAACAUGUCAAUGUACACAAAAAAAUGUCAUUCUUUCUAAGAUGAAGAUAUAGCCGGAAGAAUUUAAACUUUUUCUAUAAGUGUCUGUGGAGACGUUUCAAGUAUUAAUUUGUAUAGUUAGGAAUUAUAGAUAUAUCGCGCACAUUUAUUUGCCGAUGCCUCUGUCUUUUGGAUGUAGAAAUGAAUUCCGCCUCCUGGUUUCUUCCUAGCCCUAGUUUUUUCUCUCACGACGCCUGUAGAAGCUGCUUCUUACCCGUGCCCUCUCGGAUGCUUCUGGAGUGUAAAGAUCUUGUAAAAGAAAGAAAACAAUGUAAAUCAUGCAGGCCCUUGGAAUACGAUUGGUAUAAAUAUAUGAUGGAACGUAAAUGAAGGCACUGUAAAAAAAACUGCAUAUUUCCUUCCUUUAUGCUUAACUGAAAUAAAUGUGUGCACCUUUAAAAUGGUGAUGUGACCUUGAUAUCGCGUUAAUGCUGUAAAUGGUUUGGGGGAGUGUUAUUGUUUUUUUAUUAUUUUGUUAUUUUUUUUGUUGCCGAUGAAUUUACGUUUGUACAAGAACCAAAGCCCUUGUGCAUUGAUGCCGACUUCCACCCAUUGCUGAGGCGCGGAAAGUGGCUUGCUUGGUAGGGGGGCAUGUACAUAUAAACUGUGUUACAGGACUGUCUGCCAGCCAAUCACAGCCCCUUGUGUCCCUCUGCAGUAAUGUGCUAAAUAAAUGAGAUUGUGGUACAACUACUCGCAGCGUUAGUGUCGACAUGUUCUCUCUCAAGUCCGCCCAGGUGCCGUGAACACAAACCUGGACGCACACGCCCGUGACCCCCGGCCAAGUGUUGAAAAAUUCCUGAAGUUUUUAUUCUGGGUGGAAGGAGGAGGAACUGCUGUUUUGUUAAAUAAAACACAAUGUAAAUCGUGAAUCUCCUUACAUACUUGGCACCAAAUGAUCAUUGGUUUCAAACUAUGGCAAGUGAAAUUGACAUGCUUCUUGGAUUAACGUUGGCGUUGUGAUGUGCGAUGUAGUGAUCUAUUUACGAUGUUUUCAUGUUAGGUGCAGGCUUGGAUUGUGAUAUGGUAAUUUGAUAACACUAUCAACGGAUUUUUUUUUUUAUCAGGAAUGUAGUUUAUGGUAUUUCAUUGGCAUAUAUUUUUUUUGCAAUUUGAGUUCUGACAAGUUUUUAAUAAGGUCACACUCAUCAGAUUUUGUUAGAACAUUGAUAAACCAGUAAAUUGGUGCUUGCACUUUAUUUGGCCGUACUUGACUCCGAGUACAAAUAUUGGCAAUCAUUGCUGAGCGGAGAAUAAUUUAAUUGCGGUAGAAACACUUUAUCCCAUGGUUCUUCUGGGUUGAGCACAUCUUCCAGUGUGGAGUGAGAACCCCCAAUGUUUAUUGGUCACUUGUUGAAAAUUAUGCAGUCGUUUGGAAAAGGUCAUCCCACUUUUUAUUCUUCAUGUCAAUAAUAGGAGGUACCGCCAACUUGUUGAUUCAUGAAUUAAAUGUCAUGUUCCCUUGCCAUGACCAACUCUGCACCGUUUCUACAUACAAGGUGCUUGCUGCUUAGUGAGAUGGGGACAAAUCCAAAUACUGUAAUAUUUCUUCCAACGAUUUAAAACACUGAAACAGAAAUCCUUGUUGAACCGCCCUGCUUGGAAUGUGUCGUUUUCCAAAGGGGAGGAGCACAACUUUAGGUGUCGGCGAUACGUAACCACACUGCUGUGGUUUUUCUGCUGAAUAAACAUGAUGGCAAAAAAAGCAAUAGAUUGACUUCUCGUGCAUGAGCUCCCAGGAAAGUGUCUCAGCAAUGUGUCCUGUAAAUUGCGAGCCUCUCACAGGAAACGGUGAUAUGUUUACGUACAAACGAUUUUCUGAAUGCAUACUAUGCGUUGAUCAUAACUCUUGAGGACACUGGCAAGCAAAUGGUUGUUAAGUUCAUUUCGGCAGCAGCAUAUUUGUUAUUUAAAUCUCGGUAAAGUCAAUUGAAAUGCGUGCGUCUGCUGUAGGGGAGUUACGUACGUGGUGAUUGUAAAAAAAAAAACUUGUGCCGAGCUACAAGGAAACAUUGUGUUGAGUGAUAUUUUUUUCUGCUGCUUUUUUAGGCCUUGUCAAAGCAUAUUUAGAAUUUGUAUGUUUAUAGAGUUUAAGGUCCCAAGAGCUGAGUGAAUGGCUCAAUGAAAUAAAAUAAAUUUAACAGUAAUAUAAAGACGCUAAUAACAACGGUUAAUAUGAUUUGGUCAACCGUUUUGCCACCUGCAAUGUGAUAAUCCAUUUUCCAGUUGUAAGACAAGCGUAAAUUUGACAUCUCCAGUAUUACAUUGCUUCAGUGAUUAGACAUCUUGUUUAAACUUAAAGUAACAACCAGAUUUAAAUUCUGGAAAUAAAAUUGUGUGUGUGCCAUCUAAACACAUUGAGGGCCAACUCACAAUGAAUACUGCCCGCUGGCCAAAAUGUUAAGUCUUUUUACCUCGGUGAAAAAUUGCCGUUUGUUCAAUUGGCGCAUGCUCCAUGUAUAGACAAUUUGUGUUUCUCCAUAAUUUCCGCCUUCAACGUUUCCUUGUACGUAAGCGCUCUUGAUAAAAGGGAUUUACCAACCUUC